GUGUUUUAAUUAGUUAACACUUUUGCGAAACUUAAUAAAAGUUACUUAAAAUAACUAUUAUUAAAUAUAAUUAUUACAUAUCAUAUUUUUCAUAAAUAGUGAUAGGUAUAGUAAAAUCAGGUUAUUCUAGAACUUUUUAUAAAAAUGUGAAAAUUGUUUGGGACUUUACGUUUGUUGGAUCCAUCAAAAUUAUGGAUGAGGACUUAGAACAACUACUUCCUACUACUAGUGAAGAAGUUGAUAACAGAAAUCGAAUACGUCCGAGUUGGGGAAUCCGCCAUCUUCAAGUGUUGUUUUAUUUUUUACUUUUGACAUACACUUACUCUAUGAGAAGUGUUCUUUCUGUAGCAAUUGUUGCUAUGAAUGACAAUUCGACGUCAUCGAAUCCUAAUAUUGAGACAUACGAUUGGAAAAACCAAAGUGUUGUAUUAUCGGCAUUUUUCUGGGGGUACUUUAUACUCCAGGUGCCCGCUGCUCAACUAGGGAAAAAAUUCGGGGCCAAAUGGAUACUGGUAGGUUGCGCAUCUGUAGAUUCGGUAUCUUGUAUGUUGAUACCAACAAUGGCUAAAUAUUUUGGCGCUGAAGGAGUCAUCGCAUGUAGAAUUUCUCAAGGAUUGGCACAGGGAGGUAUACCGCCAUUGGUGCAUAUGUUGUUAGGACGUUGGGCACCACCAUCUGAGAGAUCCGUUCUUACCACGAUUACAUACGUAGGUUCUGUAUUUGGAAAUAUUGUAGCACUAUCAGUAACUGGAGCAAUCUGUUCAAGUCAGUUUGGUUGGCCUGUGGCAUUCUACCUCUUUGCAGUUUUAGAACUAGUAUGGAUAGUUAUGUGGAUUUUGUGUGGAUCAAAUAGACCAAGUUUGCAUAAACAUAUUACUGAGAUAGAAAGAGAUUAUAUAGAAAGUAGUUUAGGCCAGAAGGAAAAAAAGGUACGCAAUACUCCAUGGAAAAAAAUUUUUACUUCUUCUCCAUUUUGGGCUGUGACUUUAGCAUUUGUAGGAGCAAAUUGGGGUAGUUCAAUAUUAUUAACCCAAACCCCAACAUAUUUACAUAAUGUACUUAAUUAUGAAAUUAAAUCUAAUAGUUUACUAUCAGCCGCCCCAUACGUGGCUAUGGGAUUGUGUUCAGUAAUAUUUAGUCCUAUCUGUGAUUGUAUGAUAAAUAAAAGUAUUGUUAGCCGUGGAAAUGCCAGGAAAAUAUUCAAUAGUAUCGGUACUCUGCUUCCAGCUCUUAGUCUAACAUUAUUUGGAUUUAUUCCAAAAGAACAUUCAUAUCUAUCAGUAGCUCUUUUGAUUUUUAAUGGUGGUAUGACUGCAGGAGGGUUCUGUGGCUUCCAGGUGAACCACGUUGAUCUCUCGCCAAAUCAUUCCGGAAUUCUCAUGGGAAUCACGAACAGUUCUACCAGCAUAUUUUCGAUUAUUUCUCCACUUAUCGUGCAGUAUAUCGUCACUGAUCUGACUAACCAGAUACAGUGGAGAAUAAUAUUCAUGACUGCAGCUUGCGUUUAUUUUGUGACGGACAUAUUUUUCAUUAUUUUUGCUUCGGGGGAAGUACAGGAGUGGAAUGAUAUUGAAACACAACCAGAAAUACCCCCUAAUGAGCAUAAUCAAGAUAUAGAAAACCAAAGUUCAACGGAAUAAAAUGUUUUAUUUUGUGAUAUUCUUAGGAACUAAAAUAAACUAAAAUGUUAAAAAAAUAUAUUGGGUAGGUACAUUACGUAACUCUGUUGUGAUGUUUAUUCUUUAGCAAAAGUGAGCAAGGAAUUACUGGUUUUUUUUUCUGUUACAUUUUACUCUUAAUUUUAUAAUCCAUUAUCUAAUUGCAUCAGUAGAUACUUAAAUAUUUUUAAUUUUAUCUAUUUUUAUUAUCAUCAUCAUCAUCAUCAUCAUCAUCAUGGCAUCUACACUCCUAGCGGAGUGAUUGCCGCCCUCUUUGGGCUCUUCCGAUUCGUUUGUCGCGGUGAAUCAAUCCGCAUUAACAUUUUCGUUCUACAAUUGGUUGUGUGACUUGGCAUCUUCUACAAUUUUCCUCCAUUCGUUCCUGUUUUUGCUUCUGGUUACCCAUUCUCUGACUCCCAUCUUCUUAAGGUCCUCCACUAUCUGGUUCUCCCAUCUAGUUUUCGCGUGAUGCGCCACGCUCCAUUGGAUUCCGACUUAAGCUUUUCUUCCAUAUUAACGUUACCUUCCAGUGCAGUAGUUUCUCUAGAUUUUGUCCCUAGGUAUUACACCAGAAGUGCUUCUAAAUGUUCGAUGGUGCCAAAUUUGAAAAUUAUAUCUUAAGAGUGAUGUAGCACAGAAAAAUGAUAGUUUUAAUUUUUAUCAUACCUACCUAAUUCUUUAACAGUUGUAAUUUUUUUAGUUCCAUUUUAAAAAUGUUUUGUGGACAUAAGGAAUAAGUACAAUUUUUGAAAUAAAUUAAACUGAUUUUAGUUCUAAAGACAUUUAAAUAGAUCAGACAUUUGUUUAAAAAUGAUAUAUGUACAAAUACUCUGAUUAGUUCACAAAAAGUAUUAUUUUUAUGUGUGUAGUUUUUAUUAAACUGUAAUAAAAGAUUUUUAAUUUUA